UCGCAGUCAAGCCAUUUCGCUUCUCUAUCAUCUCAAGCUUCGAUUUGUUUUGUUUGAUUCUGGCUGCUUCGUCCUCUGGGUUCGGCAACGAAAAAAGACCCAACCCGCCUAGGCGCCCGCCAAGCCGCCUAGCUACCGCCUAGCCGCCUAGCGACCGCCUAGCAUCCUCCCGCCCGCCUAGCGACCGCCUAGCUGCCUCGCGCCUUCCUAGCGACAGAUAGAGUUCAUUCCAUUGCUGGGUCACAUACUUUUGGGAUUUAUGUGGCAACUGAUUUUGGAUGGGGAAGACCAACGAAGAUCGACUUCGUUUCGAUAGACAGGACAGGGGCUAUCUCCUUUUCAGAUAGCAAGAAUGGUGCUGGUGGUGUUGAGGUUGGGCUGGUUUUGAAAAAACAUUAUAUGGAGGCUUUUGCUUCCCUAUUUGCUAGAGGUCUUGAAGACCUUUGAAGCCAUCUUUAGUAUUCUGCAACAGUUGGUUUCAACAAAAAGAAAACCUGCGGCCUCCCAUGCUGCAGACAAAAGAUCCAAGUAAUGGGGCUUGAUAUAUUUCACAUCGACUUUACACAUUGUUACCAAAUCUCUGGAGCGUACUUUUCCAAGAAAAAAGAAUGAUUCCUAUGUGUUUCUUUACAACAUGAUGGUAAAUGGUAUCUGUAUGCAUGCAGAUACUAGAUUGUAUUGGAGACAAAGGACUAGGAGUUAUCGCCUCAACUUGUAAAGAAUUGCAGGAAUUGAGAGUUUUUCCUUCUGAUCCAUUUGGAGUUGGACAUGCUGCUGUAACAGAAGGCGGCCUUGUUGCCAUAUCCGCUGGUUGCCCCAAGCUUCAUUCUUUGCUUUACUUUUGCCAGCAGAUGACUAAUGCUGCCCUCAUCACUGUGGCCAAGAACUGCCCAAAUUUUAUACAUUUCAGGUUGUGCAUCCUUGACCCCACUAGACCUGACGCUGUCACCAUGCAGCCACUGGAUGAAGGUUUUGGGGCAAUUGUUCAGGCAUGCAAAAAUAUUAGGCGGCUGUCACUCUCCGGCCUUUUGACUGACCAGGUUUUCCUCUACAUUGGAAUGUAUGCUGAGCAGCUUGAAAUGCUUUAUAUUGCAUUUGCUGGGGACAGCGAUAAAGGUAUGGUUUAUGUGUUGAAUGGGUGCAAGAAGCUUCGGAAGCUUGAGAUCAGGGGCAGCCCCUUCGGAAACAUGGCACUUCUAAAGGACGUGGGAAAGUAUGAAACAAUGCGAUCCCUUUGGAUGUCGUCCUGCGAAGUUACUCUUGGAGGCUGUAAGGCACUCACAGAGAAGAUGCCAAGGCUUAACGUGGAGAUCAUAAAUGAAAAUGAUCAGAUGGAGCUUGGCCUUGAUGAUGAGCAACGAGUGGAGAAGAUGUACCUCUAUGGCACACUAGUAGGUCGAAGAAACGAUACACCGGAGUUUGUGUGGACUCUGUAGGUGCAUUUUUUUCCCUGUUUAGGCUGUCAAAACUUUUCUCUUCUUGUUGAGUAGUAUGUACUUUGGUUAGGCAAACUGGUUAGUGGAUUUUUAGUUGAUGUUGAGUUAGUGAUAAGUUGUUUAAAUUUAAACAGAUUGGCUGUUGUAAUCUAUGCUGUUAUAAAUAGAUUUCGUACUAGUAUUUCCAA